AUGAUAUCGAGUGUAAUCGGCAAUGCAAAUGAGCUACCAUACAAAGUGUAUCGAAUUGUUCCUCGUUCACAAAAGCAUCUCAAUUUGUUAUCAUGGAUUCGCGAUUCUUCUCCUGAAUAUGAGUUCGACAUAUGGAAGGAUUCCGGUUACAUUGGCGAGUUUGCGGACAUAAUGAUACCGCCUUGGAUGCAACAAAUUGUCGAAAAUCUCUUUCACGACGUGAAUCUGGAUUAUGUGGUGACGAUAUCUGAUGUAAUGAAAUUGAUGAAACGAAACGAACUUGAGUCGAUUCGGGCGUUGGAAAAUAACGAACGGCCGUACAAAGAAGGCAAAGAUGCAUUGCAGUUGAACGAAGCACGUCUAAAAGAUGAUCCAAUUCUCGAUGAAACUGCCGAUAGAUCAACAGAAUCACAGAAUAAAAUUGGCAUAUUGAAAGCAAAGUAUUCAUUUGGUGAUUAUGGAUCCUAUAAGGAUAUGAUGAAAUAUAUGCGAACGAUCGAGUUUCAUUAUCCGAACUUUACAAAAGUGAUACGCAUCGGUAGCACGCAUGAGGGAAUUCCAAUUGAAGGACUUAAGAUCGGAUACCCAAUCGAUAACACCGACAAACGUGCUUUCUGGAUUGACGGUAACAUUCAUGCAAGAGAAUGGGCAUCCAGUCAUACGGCACUCUAUUUCAUUAAUCAGUUGGUCUCAGGCUACGGAACCAAUAAUAGAAUAACAAAUUUCAUCGAUAAACUGAACAUAUUCAUCUUUCCGUGUCUCAACCCGGAUGGAUAUGAAUAUACACGUUCUGAACCGUCGCCUAUGGUAAGAUUAUGGAGAAAGAAUCGCUCACCUCAGAAAUGUGUCCGCUCAUUAUGGGGUGGUAAAAGGUGCUGUGAAGGAGUGGAUUUGAACAGAAAUUUUGACUUUCAUUGGUCAGAAACUGGCUCCAGUUCGAAUCCAUGCUCGAAUCUUUACUCUGGUGAAGAAGCCUUCAGUGAACCAGAGUCAAAAGCUGUACGCGACUUCUUGACAUCGGACGAGAUGAAAGAUAAACUGGAUGGAUUCAUAACUCUACAUACUUAUGCACAAUUAUGGAUUCACCCAUACAGUCACGAAACAGGAACAUAUCCUAUGGACCACGUCGAAUUAAAGAGAACAGCGAAAAGAGCCGUCGACAAGUUACGAAGUGUUUACGGGACUCAGUACAAAAUCGGGACCGGUGCCGAUACGCUAUCACCAGCUUCAGGUGGUUCAGACGAUUGGGCUAAAGGCAUUCUUGGCGUCAAAUAUGUUUACCUGGUAGAACUCAGACCAGAAUUGGAAUUAUCUAAUGGCUUCAUACUCAAUAAAUACGAACUCAUUCCAACUGCAGUGGAAACGUGGGAAGCUGUGAAAGUAGUGAUUUCAUCUGCGCUACGUUUCAGACGUCGUCUACUCAACAGGGCUCACCUUCCAUCACAGCUGAUGAGGAAACAAUUGUAUCGCCAACGUGCAUUGAAAGAAGAUAGCGAGUUACUGCAGAGAGGCGAACCAAUCGCACGUCCCCUCGAUGCCAAUUUGCAACCAGCACGUAAUUCAAUGUCUGUUCCAUCCGUAAUAUCACCAGGUGAGCAGAUUGCAGUAGCCAGCUCGGAGCAUUCUGCAGAAGUGAACGGUGCCAUCGUUCGACUCAGAAAUGAUUCAACAACAAUUAUUGCAAAUUCGAAGAUCAAACCGAGUUUCGACCAUCGAUAUGGAAGAGAACCAGCCGAAUCAGUCGACGUCAGAAGUAUGGCUCGGACUCUGAGUACACCCGUAAGAAACACAUUUACAAGUCCUGAAAACAGCCAUCACUUGAUAGAUACAACCGGAAAUGUACGACAGCAGCCACUUGUACCCCGUCUACCUAGCAGUUUCACGAAUCCAAAUUGCAGAGAUUUGCGUUAUUCAUGUAAAUUUUGGAUCGACAGUAAUCCAGACGUAUGUCUCCAGCAACAGCAAUUCAUGAAAAUACAUUGUGCAUAUACUUGUCGCUUUUGUGUGCCAUAG